CCGGCUUCAGGGAGGCUGUCCUGCGGUGGUGAUCGAGUUCGUGCUGCGUGGGAGAAGCGCUGCGACCGAAGGUAGCGAGGGCGAUGGCUGACGAAAACCAGGAGACUGGCGGCGUCCAUUUUCCUUUUCCCUUCCCGCCCUAUCCUAUCCAGAAGGACUUCAUGGCAGAGCUCUACAAGGUUUUGGAAGCUGGCAAGAUUGGGAUAUUUGAGAGUCCAACUGGCACGGGAAAGUCCUUAAGUCUGAUUUGUGGGGCCCUUUCCUGGCUCCGUGACUUUGAGCAGAAGAAAUUGCAAGCAGAGGCUCGCCUCCUUGCACCUGGAUCUGGCCCUACAAGCAGUGAGAAGAACUCUCUCCUGACUUCCUCGUCUUGCCAAGAACCUUCUGACACCCCGAGACCUGCUGGAGAACCUGACUGGGUCACCGAAUUUGUGCAGAGGAAAGAAGAAAGGGACCUGGUGGAGAGGCUGAGGGAGGAGCAGAUGAGGAGGAGGAAGCGAGAGGAGCGACUGCAGGAGGCCUGCCAGGAUGGAAGGCUCAGGUUUGCGGCCAAGCGCUCGAAGCAGGAAGAAGAGGAGACUGAGACUCUCCUGCGCCUCAGCAGGGAGAUGCUGGCUGCAGGGACAGGACCGGAGCAGCUGGAGCAGCUGGAGAGUGGGGAGGAGCAUCUGGUUCUGGCAGAAUAUGAGAGUGAUGAGGAGAGAAGAGGCAGCGGGGUGGAUGAGGCUGAGGAUGACUUGGAGGAAGAACACGUAACCAAGAUUUAUUACUGCAGUCGGACACACUCACAGCUGGCCCAGUUUGUGCGGGAAGUACUGAAGAGCCCUUUUGGCAAGGAAACCCGGCUAGUCUCACUUGGCUCUAGGCAGACCCUUUGUGUGAACGAAGAUGUGAAAAACCUGGGUUCUGUGCAACUUAUGAAUGACCGCUGUGUGGACAUGCAAAGAAGCAAGCGCGAAAAGAACAGGACUGGGGAAGACAAGCCAAAGAGAAAGAGACAGAAAAUCCAGACCUCUUGCCCCUUCUACAACCAUGAGCAGAUGGAGCUUCUCCGGGAUGAGAUUCUGCUGGAGGUGAAGGACAUGGAACAACUUGUGGCCCUUGGGAAGGAGGCCCGGGCCUGCCCCUAUUAUGGGAGCCGCUUUGCCAUCCCUGCAGCCCAGCUAGUGGUGCUGCCCUACCCAAUGUUGCUGCAUGCAGCUACCCGACAGGCUGCGGGAAUCCGGCUGCAAGAUCAGGUGGUCAUUAUUGACGAGGCUCACAACCUGAUCGACACCAUCACCAACAUCCACAGCACAGAGGUCAAUGGUUCCCAGCUCUGCCAGGCCCAUUCCCAGUUGCUCCAGUACAUGGAAAGAUACGGGAAGCGUUUAAAGGCCAAGAACUUGAUGUACAUCAAGCAGAUCCUGUACUUGCUGGAGAAGUUUGUGGCUGUGUUGGGAGGUAACGUUAAGCAAAAUCCUAGUACACAGAGCCUGUCUCAAACAGGGUCUGAGCUGAAGAGCAUCAACGACUUUCUCUUUCAGAGCCAGGUGGACAACAUCAACCUCUUCAAGGUGCAGCGGUACUUGGAGAAGAGCAUGCUCAGCAGGAAGCUCUUUGGCUUCACAGAGUGUUUUGGAGUUGUUCUCCCAUCCCUCUCAGACUCUCAGGAAAACCGAGGUCUGGGUGGCUUCCAGCAGUUCCUGAAGAGCCUGCAGUCAGGGCCUACUGAGGACUCCCUGGAGGAAGGCCAGGCUGUAGCCCUGCGGCCUGCUUCUCCACUGAUGCACAUCGAGGCCUUCCUGGCAGCCCUCACCACAGCCAACCAGGAUGGCAGGGUUAUUGUGAACCGCCAAGGCAGUGUGGGUCAGAGCAGCCUUAAAUUCUUACUCUUGAACCCAGCUGUGCACUUUGCCCAGGUGGUGAAGGAAUGCCGAGCAGUGGUCAUUGCAGGUGGCACCAUGCAGCCGAUGUCUGACUUUCGGGAGCAGCUGCUGGCAUGUUCUGGAGUAGAAGCUGGGCGAGUGGUGGAGUUUUCCUGUGGUCACGUGAUCCCUCCAGACAACAUCUUGCCCCUUAUUAUAUGCAGUGGGCCCUCUAACCAGCAGCUGGAAUUCACGUACCAGAGAAGAGAGCUGCCUCAGAUGAUGGAGGAGACAGGCCGAAUUCUCUGUAACUUGUGCAACGUGGUCCCUGGAGGCGUGGUAUGCUUCCUCCCUUCCUAUGAGUACCUGCGCCAGGUACAUGCUCACUGGGACAAGACUGGCCUGCUGACACGUUUGUCUGUCAGGAAAAAGAUAUUUCAAGAGCCCAAAAGAGCGAGCCAGGUGGAGCAGGUGCUGAUGGCGUAUUCCAAGUGCAUUAUGAGCUGCAGUCACUCAGAAGGCCAUCUGACAGGGGCCUUGCUCCUCUCUGUGGUUGGAGGGAAGAUGAGUGAAGGGAUCAACUUCUCUGAUGACCUGGGCCGGUGUGUGGUGAUGGUGGGGAUGCCGUACCCCAACAUUAAGUCUCCAGAGCUGCAAGAGAAGAUGGCCUACUUGGAUCAGACACUUCCUAGGAUACAAGGUCAACCCCCGCCAGGGACGGUAUUGAUAGAGAAUCUGUGUAUGAAGGCUAUAAACCAAUCCAUAGGCAGGGCCAUCAGGCACCAGAGGGACUUUGCCAGCAUUGUGCUCCUGGAUCGCCGGUAUGCCCGUCCUUCUAUCCUGGCAAAGCUGCCAGCCUGGAUACGAGACCGAGUGGAGGUCAAAGCUACCUUUGGGCCUGCAUUUGCUGCUAUGCGGAAGUUUCAUCGAGAGAAGUCACACCCAAGUCUGGUAUAAGCUUCUCUGUUCUCCCCGCUUGACCUGGCCUUUGUAUUUGGCCUAAGAAGGUAAAAACUAUCUGCAGCCUGCCAAGUGUACCUCAGCCUUCCAGAGGCAGUGGACUCCAGUGUUCACCUUGCAUAGAAAAGCCACAAGGACAAAGGCGGAACAUCCUGAAGGAACCUGGCCCGAGACACCUCGUCCCCUGCUCAGGUCCCGCUUUCUGCCUGGUUCCAGGAGGCUGUGCUAGCAGCAGCUUUCUGCCUUUUCUGAGGUGAGGCCCACCUGCCUCUGCCCUUUCUAGAGACAGUUAGGCUUUUCUUGGCCUUUGACUCCCAUCUGAGGCACAGAUCCCUGUUUCAAGCAUUAUUGCCUGACCCCCUGCAAUGUGACACACUUAUUAUCUGUGCAGAAGAGAGUUUUAAGAAAAAAAUAGGGACAUACAUAAUAUUGAAAGAGCUGAUAUAAACUUGUGACUUUCCUGAAGGACCUUCACAAAGACUUGGACCCUGGCCAUAGACCUGUCUGUGUCACACAAUUUUUUCUCCUUAUGUUUUUCCUCAAAAAGUAAGAGGCAUUGAUCCUGUCCAUGGCUGUUCAGGUCUCGGUGCUCAGAACAACAUCUACCUAAAGACAUGUCAUUGGGC